CCGCGGAGCGCAGCGCGGCGUCUGCACCGGCGGGGGCACCGGCGCGGCUUGGGCUCCGGCUGGUGCUCCGGCUCGGACUCCAGCGGCGUGGGCUGGGCAGCGGCCGGGCGGCGGCUCCGCGGCACCGGGCAGGGGGCGUCCGCAGGUCCGCGCCCUCGGGCGGCGGCGUCUCCUGGGUCCCGACAGCCGCCUGCGCGCCCGGGCGCAGGUUUGGUUUUCCUAAACAAAGACUUUCACAGGGACCGACAGCACUUGAUAAUGUGACAAAAACCAGCCUCUUCCACCCCACUGCAGUGACUUUUGCCAGAAGUGGAGCAGUGGGCACGGCCGACCUUGUCGUUCAUCAAUGCCGCCCCUGGCAGGAUCUGAGGAUUGGUGGCAGCCAUGCCUCCCCCUGCCCCAGUUGCUCCUUCCCCCCCACUCUAACCUGCAUGGUGUGGGCGCCCUUGGGACCCCCGAGGACUGAUUGUCUGACCUUGCUUCACAUCCCCAGUAAGGACUGCCCCAAGAUGUCGCUCGAGUGGCUGGUGGCCUGGAGCUGGUCGCUGGAUGGCCUGAGGGACUGCAUCGCCACUGGCAUCCAGUCCGUUCGGGACUGCGACACCACCGCUGUCAUCACUGUGGCCUGCCUCCUGGUCCUGUUCGUGUGGUACUGUUAUCACGUGGGCAGGGAGCAGCCCCGGCCCUACGUCUCCGUCAACUCCCUCAUGCAGGCCGCCGAUGCCAACGGGCUGCAGAAUGGCUAUGUGUACUGCCAGUCCCCCGAGUGCGUGCGCUGCACCCACAACGAGGGCCUCAACCAGAAGCUAUACCACAACCUGCAGGAGUACGCCAAGCGCUACUCCUGGUCCGGCAUGGGCCGCAUCCACAAGGGCAUCCGCGAGCAGGGCCGGUACCUCAACAGCCGGCCCUCCAUCCAGAAGCCCGAGGUCUUCUUCCUACCCGACCUGCCCACCACGCCCUAUUUCUCCCGGGAUGCACAGAAACAUGACGUGGAAGUGCUGGAACGGAACUUCCAGACCAUCCUGUGCGAGUUUGAGACCCUCUACAAAGCUUUCUCAAACUGCAGCCUCCCGCAAGGAUGGAAAAUGAACAGCACCCCCAGCGGGGAGUGGUUCACCUUUUACUUGGUCAAUCAGGGGGUUUGUGUUCCCAGGAACUGUAGGAAGUGUCCACGGACGUACCGCUUGCUCGGAAGCCUUCGGACCUGUAUUGGGAACAAUGUUUUUGGGAACGCGUGCAUCUCUGUGCUGAGCCCUGGGACUGUGAUAACGGAGCACUAUGGACCCACCAACAUCCGCAUCCGAUGCCAUUUAGGUCUGAAAACUCCAAAUGGCUGUGAGCUGGUGGUGGGGGGAGAGCCCCAGUGCUGGGCAGAAGGGCGCUGCCUUCUGUUUGAUGACUCUUUCCUGCAUGCUGCGUUCCACGAAGGUUCAGCAGAGGAUGGCCCUCGGGUGGUUUUCAUGGUGGAUUUGUGGCAUCCAAACGUCGCAGCGGCUGAACGGCAGGCCCUUGAUUUCAUCUUUGCUCCAGGACGAUGAGAGCAUUACCUGUGCUGGAGUCGGCAAGAGGGGCCGAGGUGGGGUCUGGGCAGACUGUGGUCCGGUCCAGUCCCUACCGGUGUGAUGAUUCCAUGCUCAGAAACCUGCCUCAGCGGAAAGCUCUUCUUUGGGAUUUUAUAUCAUGUCGGGUCCCUCUUUCCUUUGGUUAUUGUAAAUGGAAACUUUUCAGCUUGUAUUUCCUUAGAUUUUUUUUUUUUUCCUUCCAAUCAUUUGCUUCAGAGAUUCCUUUCUGGCCUAACAGCGCAUUCCUUUGAUUCUGUGACCAGAGACUUAGAGCCCUUGUAAGUCUGUCUUCUGUUCCUACUUGUUCUUUUUCAGUGCUCCGAAAUAAGAGUAACUAAAUGGUUAUUUGUCUGAAUGUAAUAAUGUAAAACUUCUUGUGGUCAUCUUAAAAAAACAAAAAGACAAAAAAACUAAACUAAAAACUGCAAACCAGAGAGCUGGAGAACUUGGCCUCUGAUGCUGGCACACAGGGGGCCCUUCAGCCGCCCGAGGGCAGAGGGACAGUCUGCAGCUCCCGCACCUGACUGGCUUCAUAGCUGGGUGGAGAGGCUGCCAGACACGGUCAGGAUGGCGCACAGCGUCCAGCCCAGGGAUACUGUCACCAUCGCUCACCUCACCCUAAACCUUGUCAGGUCCCUGAUGGCAAAAGCAUUGGGCCGGCAGGACUGGAGGCUACUCUUUAAACACGGCUUUCCUGCAAAGCUGAAGCUGGUGUCCCCCAGUGCCAAGCUUCGGCUCACACAGAUCAGCCACGGAACGUGUGAUCCACUUACCUCACUGCCUACAGAAGCCCUACUGCCAAACUGGGCCUGGAAAAUUCCCAGUUUUAGCUGUUUUGAGUCCACGGUGAUGAACGUUAAGGCCACCAGGUUGGCUGAUAGGAGCUGUAGGGGGAUAAGACCUCACUCACCCAGCGACAUUCGGGGAAAGCCUUUCUCUGGCGAAACUGGAAUAAUAGAUCUGACCAAAGUUUCUGUUUUGCUUUGGAGUUCUGUUGCCUAUGGUUUUUUUUUUUUUUUGUCUGUACAUAAAUGUUCAAACACUAGACUCAGAGAUAGUGGAAGAGUUGGCCCUGUGUCUUUGUCACGGCACAAAGGUGUGCACUGCGUGAUGAUGGCCCAAGCCAGUGUGUGCUAGUGAGGAGACAGAGAAGACCUACACGCCCAGAGGACCCGUGGCCAUCGUGCUGGUUUUCUGGUCUCCUGUGAAGAACAUGUGGAUCUCUUCCGGAAGGAAAAGGUCCCAGGAGACCAGUUUGAAGCACUCAGUCUAGAAAUAGCCUGUGUUAGCUGAUGUGUGAAAGCAUAGCCAGCCAGCCACACUAGAGAUGCCUUUUCUGAAUAAUAUAUUAUGGGCAGUGUCAGAUUUAUAAAGCCGAGGAGUGAUUUGGAAUAUACAGCUGGUCGCAGGUGCAGGUCCAGUGUUUAGACCCGAAUGGAAAACAACAGCUUCUAAGAGGUACAACCAUCCAAAGAAAACACAAUUGAAAUGCACCAGGCAGGUACUAGGAAGUGUGCAAAGAGCACAUGUCUACAUUUGAGUAAAAUGUCUACACAGAUAUUUGUCAGGGACGAGAAUGCAGGAAAAGGCAGACAUUUCAAACACACCUGAAGUUUUUUUACUCAUUAAGUAUCUUGUUAAAGAAUCACUGAGGUGCAUGAUUUAUACACAUCCUGACUACUCUGCUCUGCGUUUACAAAACCAACAGCCCGCGCAGGUACCUAGCUACCUGCAUUCAUGUGACGUGGUUGAGGAACAGAAGAUAAAUAAAGGAUCUUGCUGAAAACCAGA